AUGAAUAUCCUCGACUUCUUUCAACCACCAGCCACCGAGUUCAACAUAUGGCACGUGCUGAUCUCCCUCAUGUCUCUCAUCUUCCAGUUUGACAUCGAGAACCAGCAAAGAUAUUUCGUCAAUGGAACCACCGUUGAAGUCUCGGCCUGGACUCUCAUUUGGUCAAGCGGACCAUCCGAGAUGAUUGGACUUCUGACAGCAGCUUUGCUCUCACUGGGAAGGAUUCGAUACAUGGCGAUUCCUUUCAUUAGCAAUGCGACCAUGUUGACAGGAUCCUUUGGUCUCCAUUCGUACGGCUCAGCUUUCGGACUCGCGGCGAAAACGAUACAAGUAUUCUUCUGCCAGGAAAUCUUGUAUUUCUACGCAUGCGAAUUUCCCACCUUCUUCGAAGAUUGCUUCUCCUCGAUGUCGUCUCGCAAUCGGAGGACGCUCAAUGAUGUUGUCACCAGCUUCAUCGAAUCCAAUCCACUAUUGAGCACGUCGGACGUUGCAAAUUACAAGAUUUUGGAAGAGACCACGUUGAAUUGGGAUGGGUACGACAAAGUACACCACUUCUGGAAACUCCUGCAUCCAUCGGACGAGAAUUUCACAUUUUGGCUCUUGCUUGUUGGCUUCUUCUUGCUACUGCUUCAUCACAAUGUCGAGAACAGCCAAAGGAUGGAUAUCCACAUCACAGAGGAGAGCAACAGCACAUUGGUCGUCGCACUGUAUAAUUCAGUCACAUCCUUCUACCAGAAGAACAGCACAGAGCAGAUGGAGUACAUUCGAGUUCUGAUCGAAUCGCCACCUAGUGCAUUCACUAGCUUCAUUUCUGGAGCAUUUCUUGCUAUUCCAAGGAUAUACCUGGUCGCCACCAACCCGAUCGUCUCCAAUCUCUCUGUUUUGUCCCACAUUGGAAGCAUGCAAGCUGUCGGAUCAGGAUUUGGGAUCGAUUCAACGACAGUCUUCAUCGGUCUCGGGUACGAUUGGAAGGUCAGUGGAUUAGUCAAUGGCGUUGCAUAUCUCUUUGCUCCGGUCUUCACCAGCUUCUUGGUGAACUACAUUCCGUGGUGCACCCGUCUGUGGUGGAGAGGAGGAGUCACCACGUUGAUCCAGUUUUUCCUCUACUUCUGUUACAUCAGAAGUCCAACAUUUUUCGAGGACAACAUCCGGAAAAUUUGGCCAUCCGCUCCUUGGAAUGCCACAAGAAGGACACUCCAACGGAUCCGAAGUUCCUCCCUUCAUCGCAGCUCGUCUCGAGUGUUCAACGCCUUCGCCCACACAACUCCCACUCCCUUGGAGACAAUCGGAAAGGUAGUUGAACAGAUGUUGGGAUCCGAUUCUAAGGUCGAGAACUGCGUAGUAUCUGCUACCGUCAAUCUCACUGCAGAAGGGAAGAAGAUCGGGAGACACGGUUCACCGAUUCACCACUUGCUUCGGACCUUCAGUGAAACAUGCCAAGAUACUGGAAACUUCAACGUUCUGAAAAGAGAUUUGCUGGAAGGAGCGGUCGAAUCAGACAUCAAAACAGAAGUCAUCGAUCAGUGCAUCCAUAAGAGAUACUUGAGAGUGAAGAGAAGGGACAACGUCCAAUUACUCGAAGCUUCAAGAGCACGGAGCGAUGCAUAUGGUAGAGAUAGAACUAAUCAUCGAGGGAAACUUCAGCCAACGAGUCAAGGAUGA